UGUCAAUCCAACCGAGUUGGCGCAGCGCAAAGUGCUUUCAAACCGCUGGUGGUGUGGAGCACCCGCUGCUCGUUGAUGCGAGCGGCGCCUCAGCUCUGGGGUGGGGGUUGUUUUUGCUGCUCAGGACGGGUCGGAAAUGACUUUCUUGUGGCUUUGGGCGAUCAUCUCGUCAGCGGUAGCGCUGAACUUCACCUAUCACAACGGGCGGCAACUGGAGACGUUUUUACGCGCCAUCAACCAAGACUACCCAUCCAUCACGCACUUGUACAGCAUUGGGAAAUCUGUGGAUGGUAUUGAUCUCUGGGUUCUGGCAAUUGGAAAAUAUCCAACAAAACACGCUGUAGGGAUUCCUGACAUAAAAUAUGUUGCUAAUAUCCACGGUGAUGAGGUGGUUGGAAGAGAAAUGUUGCUUCACCUUAUUGAGCAUCUGGUUACAAUGUACGGAGUAAAUGACAAUAUAACAGCAUUGAUAAAUAGCACUCGAGUUCACAUCAUGCCAUCCAUGAAUCCAGAUGGAUUUGCAAUUACACGGACCGCAAAACCAGAUUGCAAUUACUCUAAAGGCAGAAAGAAUAAAAAUGCUUACGAUCUAAAUAGGAACUUCCCUGAUAUCUUUGAAAAUAAUACUCUGGCAAUUCGCCAACCAGAAACUUCGGCAGUAAUAGACUGGGUUAUGAGUGAAUCUUUCGUUCUGUCUGCAAGUUUGCAUGGAGGAGAUGUCGUAGCAAGCUACCCAUUUGACAACAUAAAAUCUGACGGACAGAAGUUGCCAGAAUACAGUAAAACUCCCGAUGAUGAUAUCUUCAUAUAUCUUGCAAAGAAAUAUUCGUAUAAUCACCUGAUUAUGUACUACGGAGAAAUAUGUGUUAAUUCAUUAGAAUUCCAGGAUGGAAUUACCAAUGGAGCUCAGUGGUAUGUUUUAGCAGGUGGAAUGCAGGAUUUCAAUUAUGUUUGGGGACAGUGUUUGGAAUUAACACUAGAGUUAUCUUGUUGUAAAAAUCCACCUGAACAUACACUAGAGGAAUUUUGGGAAGAAAAUCGAGUGGCCCUGAUUGAAUUCCUCAAACAGGUUCAUUUAGGUAUAAAAGGGCAAAUUCUGAAUGUUGAUGGAAAUCCUAUUGAAAAUGCACAGGUACAGAUUCAAGGCAGAGAUAACAUCUACCCGUUUGAAACUAAUAAGUGGGGAGAAUACUAUAGACUCCUGUUGCCUGGAUCAUACACUUUAAUUGUUACUGUGCCAGGAGUUGGAACAAUUCUGGAGGACUUUGAACUUUCCAACAAUGAGACCAUGUUUUCUGCAAUGAAGCUCAACAUUCAUUUCAGCACCACCAAUAUUACAUAUGUGCCAUCUAUUAAAGAUGACCACAGCCAAUGGACGAGACGUGUAUAGUGAAUCAAUGAUGGAAGAAGGAUCAUAUUUGUGUGCAUUUGUAUGCACGUAAUGUGAACAACUCCUGCAAAGGGGAUAUUGAUGGACAUUGAAAGUAGCCAAGAUUCAAAUGGCAGUCCACAGGCUUCGUUAAGAAUGAGAUUUUUCUCUACAGCUUGGAAAGCGAUAUAUUUGACAUUAAAAACAAAUGAUCAUU